AUGCCGGCUGAACAAACCAGUCAAAUCGGAGAUGUUCCGCUCGCUUGGUACAGGGAUUUGGCGCACGAGGGUUACAACGUGGACGGUAGGCGACUUUCAAAGAGCGUGGAAACUGACUCGCUAUCGAACUUGCUAAGUAAUAUUGAUGACCGUUCUGCAUGGCGCAGGAUUUCAGAUGCAUUGUCUGGAGGGCAUAUAAAGCUAUCUAAAUCUGACGUGCUGCUGUUACAACGAAUACAAGCCGGCUGGCUUCCGUCAGAUUCACUCGAGCAUACCUGGGAGUGGGAUUCAAGCACUAAUACAGACCGUGUUGCUAGUUCUACCGAGCCAAAACGUAGAUUUCUACCGUCACAGGGGGAAGCAAAAGCUGUCGCAAGACUAGUGCGAGUCUUGAGACGGACAUUCCAGACUGGCCAGCCGGCAAUAGAACAUGCUCCACAUGAUUAUGACAUUUGGGCAGCACCUCCAACCGAGCAACCGAACACCCUUGGCCGGAUUCGUGCGCGCAAGCCUAGUCUACCAGCCAACGAAUUAUCCUUCAAUCCACCAGUAGAGUAUGCGGAGUAUGCAAAAAUGAACAUCUCAAACAAGUCAGCUUCGCGCCUCAGACAGAUGUGCAGUUAUGAAUGUUUCACACAAGAGAGAUUUGAGAGAUGCCUGGACUUAUACUUGUGCCCCCGUUCUCAUCGCGAGAAGACAGAUAUAUCUCCUGAGGAGUUACUACCGAAACUACCCAUGCCAAAGCAGCUCAAGCCAUUCCCAGAAAUCUUUACACAAAGGUUUUUGCAACAGCGUGAGACUAUUGACUGCUUUUCGGUCAAUUGUUCUGGUGAGUGGCUAGCCAUGUGCACAAGUUCUGGAAGUUUAUUGAUUUGGGAUGUUCAUACGGGAAAAAAUAUUUACCAUUUUGAUUUCAAUACGAAGCUAGGGUCUGUUCACUGGCAUCCAACGAGAACUCAUGUAUUGGUAGUGACCAUGGGGACUUGUGCUGUGGUCAUACGCUCUCUUGCUUCGUUUGAUCCUGGUCAGUUGCGAGCACUAAAGAGUAUGCAGAAAUCUUCUGAGCAACCUGUCUGGAAUUGCUCAAAAGCUGUCUCAGUCAUACAACAUGCUUUAACAGUACGGGAGGUUGCAUGGCACAGAAAGGGUCGCUACUUUGCAACAAUUUUUGGUGAACGAGGUAUCACGGUGCAUGACCUAGAUUUCAAAUGUUCUCAGCAACCGUUCGCAAAGUACGAUAGUCGCGUCAUGAGCGUGUCUUUUCAUCCAACAGAGCCCUUCUUUUUCAUCUGUUCGCCACGGCAAGUUCGUAUGUACAAUUUGAAAACGCAAGAACUAAAGCGAAAGUUUUCGAAUGGGAUGACGAAUAAUAUGUGCAUGUGUAUAAGUUCAAGUGGAUCUAGUCUACUAGUUGGCGAGAGGAGCGGGAAAACACUGUGGUUUGAUGUUGAAAGUGAUGGCGAGAGCAAAGCAAUUGCAGUCCGAGGAGCUUCAGUACUAUCUGUGACAUGCCAUAAUUCGUAUCCACUUAUCGCCACAGCAGCUCAAGAUGGCAAAAUUACUGUGUUUCACAUGUCUGAACCGUCUGAUUCUGUCGCGGAUCCCAUGUUUGUUCCGGUAAAUGUGAUACAAAAUUCACACCUUGAGUUGGCCAGGUGUCUAGAUGUGCAGUUUCAUCCGCGACAACCGUGGCUUUUUAUGAAGCGCGAACCUCAGUCAAUUGAUCUUUAUACACAGAAGUAG